AUGGAUAUUUGGUCCGGCGCUAUUUCACUGGAUGCGCAAACACAACUUACAGAUCUACAGUUCAUCGAUCGAACCACUAGCGGGCAGUUGGACAUACUCAGGCACUCUACACUUGCUUUUCGCAACUUUGUUAAUCCAGCUCUAAUACCGCUCUAUGCGCGCGUGGGCCCGAACCUCGAACUCCAUACAAACGACCCCAGGACUUCGCGAUGGCUGAAGCACAAAUUGCUCGCUAAUAUAUGGUUAGAAGACGAGGACUUGGAUCGCUUUCAGACUAUUCAGUGCCCCGUGGGUUUCCUUGUGAGUCUUGAUGGCGCCAUACGCCCGAGGAGCACGGGUCCUACCGCCACCGACCUGUUGGUAUAUGGCAUUCUUUCGACAACAACCUUGUAUGAACGGCCGCCCACACCACCCGUAUCAUCCUCGCCGGCGCUCGAGGAUCCGCUCUACAGUAUUGCUAGGCAAGAAUUGAGGAUAUACGCAACGCCAAUAUCAGGAACUCUCAUCGCACGGGCUGCGGCUCUUCCCUGUCAAGAUGAUGCCGGGGCGCUUGCCGGUCACGAACAAUUCGCCCACUUUCUCCCAGAUCUCCAUUCCCCGAGCCCUAAGCGCAAGCGCGUCGCAAGUUUAUUCGAGUCUGUGGCGCAGCAUCACAAAAGAGUGCGGCACAAGGGCGGCGAAGCUGUUUCGCAGCUGAUGGCCCAAAGCCUUUCACAAUCACCACAACAGUUGCAAAAUCUCAAAGUAAAACGGGAAUCCGAGGAACCUUCACUUCCAAUAUUGAGCAAGGUCGCGUCGCAUCAGUCCAGAUCGCUCUUGAUCAGUUCGAACCUUAAUCCCAAUAAGAUCUUGGAUGCUCGGACGGAGCAUCCGCGGCCAUCCAGCAACCGGGGCCACGCGCGUGAGUUUGCUUCCAAAAAGUGUACACCGGCGCCAGCCCGGUUGAUGGAAACCUCAACACAAGGAGGUAGUGUCUUCUCGCCUGCGCCAUUAUCUUCUGAGGGGCACGAGGCUUCGACAAAACCGAAGGAUGCUGACACUAUUCUAUCGGACAACAAAAACACCAUAACCCGUACCAUACUGACCUGUAUGCGACUUUAUGGAUAUAACCGCUCGACAAGACCAUUGUCUUCUCACAAUCCUCCCUCUCACACUGAUGUCGAUACCCCAGGCGGCGAAGUAAAAGAAGGGGACAACGCAGCCCUUCAUUCUUCAUCAAACACUGAUGAAGACGAGUUCAAAGCCAUGUAUCACGCGACCUACCGAGCAUCAACAUUCGCCCUACGCAAGUACCUAAAGGAACCAGCCAUGAGCGCGGAUGGCUCGAGGUCUAUACCUCCUGCGCUGGAGAAGGCCAAGGCGAUGACAUAUAUUGAUGGAUUUUUGAAAUUAUUUUGUGAAGAAGAGCACUGA